GUUAGAAUGUAAAUAAUAUGAACGCUAAGGAACAUCGUUCUUCCCUGCAUCAAACAUAAAGGACUUGAAUAUGGACCCUCGAAGCAGUGACCAGAAUGUGGUGCAUUGUGAUGUGUGUGAUACUCCUGUCCCCCCACUACACUGUGACUUCCAUCAGACCAAUCUCUGCAAAACUUGUGUUGGGGACCAUUUGUUGGAUUUUUCAAAAAAACAUCAGGCGGUGCCGUUUCAUGACCAAGGAUCUACCCCAAAUUAUCCAAUUUGCCAAUUACAUGCCAAGGAGCAGUGUAAACAUUUCUGUGAACAAUGUGACAUUCCUAUCUGUGCCCCUUGUAUUUCCUCUGGAGAUCAUCAAAGUCAUAAGUUGGUAGACAAUUUUUAUGCCUUAAAAAGUAAAAAAGAAGAUUUACGAACAGAUUUGAAUGAAUUUAAGAAUAUCCUUUCUCCCAAAUACCAAGAGAUUGUAAACAACAUCACAGUUCAGAAAGCUGAUCUAAAAAAUAACUCUCAGAAAUUAACAUCAGCAAUAGACAAACAUGGAGAAGUCUGGCACAGAGAAAUAGACACCAUUAUACAGAAACUGAAAUCUGAUCUUGAUGAAAUAGACUCCAAACACCAGGCUGUCUUAAACAAACAGGAAGAUGAAAUCAAACACACCAUUUCUGAAAUCACACAGAGCAUUGCAGAUCUGAAGAAGUUACUUGACUCCAAUGAUGUCAGCCUUGUCUCUGCCUACAAAUCCAGGAUUGCUGAAUUCAGAAGAUUAGCUCCUAAACUCACAGUUUCUCUACCAAACUUUACCCCUCAGAAAAGUAACCCAGAACAACUUUACCAACAAUUUGGUUCCCUGUCAGCAUUCUCCAUUACAACAGAGGAACAUGGCUACAGCAUGGAAACCUCAGAAGUUGAAUCCUCUCCUCUCAAACCACUGCUUGAUGAGCCAGGGAUCAUCUCCACCAUACAGACACAGGAUGAUAACUUGUACUGUGUUACUUGUCACAGUAAUGAAGAAAUCUGGACGUGUGGUGAUGAGACGAUAAGUCUCUACAACCUGCAGGGGGAACUAGUGAAGUCAGUCCAAACCAAGUCAGGGAACUAUCCACAGGACAUAGCAGUGACAAGGAGUGGGGAUCUAGUUUAUAGCGAUUACGAUGAUAGAACUGUGAACAUAGUGAAUAAUACACGGAUACAGAGAGUGAUCAGACUACAGGGGUGGAGACCUCGGGGUGUCUGUAGCACCUCCUCUGGUGACCUCCUGGUUGUCAUGGACAGUGAUGAUAAACAAACAAAAGUUGUGUGUUACUUUGGCUCCACAGAGAAACAAAGUAUUCAGUACGACGACAAAGGACAACCCCUCUAUUCAUCUGAAGACAUUAAAUACAUCAGUGAGAACAGGAACCUAGAUAUCUGUGUGUCAGACUAUUGGGCCCAUGCAGUAGUGGUGGUCAAUCAGGCCGGGAAACUCCGGUUUACCUACACUGGUCAUCCCUCUACUUCCAGGGGACCAUUCUAUCCAUGGGGUAUCACAACAGACAGCCAGGGUCAGAUCCUGACAGCAGAAUGGGACAACCACCGUAUCCACAUCCUGGAUCAGGACGGACAGUUCCUCCGCUACCUUGACGACUGGGAUUUUAUUUUACAGCUUCCAUGGGGUUUAUGUGUAGACACUAGAGACAACCUAUUUGUAGCUGAAAGCAGCACAGGGAAAGUGAAGAAAAUACAAUAUAUGAUGUAAACAUUGUGUAUUGGAUGUUUACAUUAUAUGCUAGCAACGUGUGUAUCAUGUGUAUGUAAAAUAUGCAAACAAACUGUGUUCAUGUACAUUGUAUUAUGUGGUUAUUGUAUAUAUUACAAUGCUCAAUGCAGCACAGGGAAAGUGAAGAAAAUACAUUAUGUGAUGUAAACAAGACACGUCACAAUGCACCAACGUCAAAAACGUACU